AAGACAUGCGACAAUUUAUUGAAACAAUUGGGAGCAGCUUUUCUAACGGCAGCAAUUCAACCAAACAUUAACCCAAUAUUGAAAACAAUAAAACAAAAUCAAUUGAACGGAACCAUACCUACAAUGGGUCAGGGAUUGAUGUCCAAUAACAGACCACAAGACACUGAACCCGGGACUACAACCUCUAAUGUCUCAACAAUUCAAAAAUCGCAAACAUCUUUAAUACCAAUAAUGAAUUCAAUGAGACCAUUGCGUAAUCAUACUAUUAUUGACCAGUCGUUCAUAAAUAAUAGACGUUUAGAUAAGCUAUCAUUUGAGAUGAAAGAAGUGGACAAAAACAAUGAACAGUUGGAUGUGUUUACACAAAAUACAUCAAAAGCUAAGAAUUUAGAUAAAGUAUUAAAACGAAUACAGAAUAUCAAAGAACAGAAUUGUAAUCAAUUGGUAACAAAUCGUUUGAAACCAAUUAGUAAUGGAUGUCUACCAAUGACACCACAAAAUUUAAAUCUUUCAAAUAUGGAAACUAAAGGCAAUCAAAGACCACAACUAAUGCAAACAAAUCAUCCCUUUCUUAUGAGACAAUUGGACAGUAAUAUGAAAAAUAUUAAAGUUGUGACAAAUAAUAUGAUUAAUAGCAAUAUUAUUGCCAAUAAUAAUAAUAAAACAGUCCGUCAAUUGCUUGAAGAGAAACAAACUUUUAUACCAUACCAUAGAGUUAAUGGUAUUAUGAAUAGAGAAAAAAUUAUGGAAAGACAACAUCAAAAUCGGACAAAUGGUUAUCACAUGGCAUAUAAUAAAGCAUUUUAUAUGAAUAAUAAUAAUCAUCAUAAAAUUAGACAUAAUAUUGUUAACAACAAUAUAAUUACACAAAAAUUAAAUACAAACAGAGAUCAGUUGUCAUCAAAGAAGUUAUUGAACAAACAUUUAAGUCAUAAGUCAAUUGUGUCCGAUAAACAAAAUGAAAGCAACGGUACCACCAAAACCAAUGGUAUUACUUGCAUAACCAUUGAUGAUAAGGAUAGUGUCGCUGAAGAGAUAACAAUAAAUCAUAAACGACCGGCAGAUCAGACGUUUUAUAAACCAUUAGAUAAAAGGCGUAAAACUGUUUCAUUGGAUGAAAAGAAAACUCAAAUUAUAGCAAACCGUUUGGCACACGAUAUCAUAAAAUAUCACAGCAAUGAAAUUGAGCAUGAUGAAAUUAAUAAUCAAUUGGUCACUACAUUAUCACAUCCAUUAUAUGAAAUUCCUGAUGAAAAUCAACUUGAAGUCAAAAAUAUGAAUGUACAAAAUGAUCAUGAUCAUUUCAAUUUGACAAAAAACCAGUUAAUGACUUUAGAUAACAGUAUUAUAACACAUAACUAUAAGUCCGGACCCAAAACGGUUAGACAAUUGUUGGAAAGUAAACGCAAAGAUCAUUUUGAACCCAAACACAGAUAUAUUAAUUUAAGUAAACGGCGUCAACAUUAUCAACAAAAUAUCGAUAAGUUAAACCUGAAUCCAAAUAAUAUAGUUACCAAUAUUGUAAUCAAUAAUACAAAUAUAAAUAAUGGGAAAACGGUAAUUAUUAACGGUAACCGUAAUAAUAGUAACCAUAAAUACAAAAACAAUAGCACCGCUGUAUUGGCAUCACUGCCAUCACAACAGUCACAGUCAACACAUGAGUCUAUUGAUAAUUGCAAUAACAAUACGAAAUUGUCAUAUGAUAUACCAAAUCAACCGACAAAAAUCUAUCCGAGCUAUCAAAUAGUGAAGCCAUACGGUUAUCACAAUAAAAAUGAGGUGCAAUUGAAAACUGUAUGUUCAUCGAAGGACUAUAUGGAUUCACUGCCAGAUUUGAUAGAAAUACCAGAUUUUGCAAAUAAACUAAUUAAGAAAACAGAUGCUGUGCUUAUUGAUGAACCAUACCAUAUGGAUAAGCAUAUGAUUGAUAAAAAUAACAACAAUACAAAUGGUUAUAACAAACAGAGUCCAAUGAAACAUAAAAAUCAUAAUUCAAUCGUCGGUAGUGUUGCUAAACAUAUGACAAAUACAACAAAUCAGAAUCGAGAAUAUUCUGUAAUACAGUCAACAAAUGGUGUCAAACCAUUAGAGCGAAUCCACAGAAAAAUCAAUGAAAUUGAUGGCUCGUGUAUUGAAUGUCAUAAAUUAGAAAUUAGUUAUAUAUUUAGCAACAGAGGAAAGCCAUUGUCCAUUGACUUAGACACCGGUCAGGAGUCUAUAGUUGAGCAUAACUACCAUUCGCUAAAUAAUCAAUUGAUUGGCAAACGACUUGACGUAUUGCCAUUGAUUACAGAUUGCAUUCAGAGAGUUGUAAUUGACUUAACAGAUGAUAUAUAUUCACCAAUUGACUGGAAGUGUAGAAACAUUGUAUUUCCCAAACAAUUGAUUGCUUUUAACGAUCACACAAAUGAUUACCACAAGAAAUGUCAGAAGAAAGUGAAGUCCAAUUGUGUGGACACAAACCACUCGGAGAUAUCAUUACCAGAUUUUGCACUUAAUCUAAACCUCAUUAAAAUGCGUGAUAUUAAGCGCAAACCAAUUGCCUAUUUGAACGCCAAAUAUCCAUUGAAUGAGAUUUCACGGGCCGUCUAUGCGGGCGUCGACACGAAAAAAGCUGUUUUAGAUUUCCCCAAAUCUAUUGAUUCAAACCUACAUAAGACACUACAGAGUCAACAAAACACUCGGAAAAAGUAUUGCUUAAACACAGCCACCAAACGGUAUGUCGAGAAAAACAAGUCAUUCAACAACUGGUCGGUUGUUUUGGAAGGUAUCGAUCUCUGCUCUCCUUUGAGUCAAAAAGUUAUUAAUAUUUUCCCUAAUUUUCAAUUCAAUCACAAGAAAAAAUUCAUUAAACAAACUUUCAAUCAGUAAACUAU